GGGCUUCUAAAGGACACCAACAGGUGGGAGGCCGCAUUGGAGGGGGCCGCUCCUGGAGCCAUAGAAAAGGCCGAUCUGCAAGGCCUGCUGUGGGCACAAUCCACUGACCAGAUACAGAGGAGGAUGGGUGAUCACAGGAGAGCUGAGGGUGAAGCCGGGGAGUGGUUCUCAGAAAGCGGAGGGUUAGUUUCAUGAGCUUGGCUUUAAAGGGUGGAUAAAAGGCAGAGGACAACUUCAGGGUUGAGAAGUAAGGUUGGUCUGAGUUUUGUCUGUUUUUGAAUCACUCCUGUGAUUUCUCCUUCUAAAACUUUAGUUCACAGCGCAGGAAGAGACAAAGUCAUAUGUCAGGCAACAGAAUCUUCGGGUUACUGUGCUUGUGUGGUUUCAGCUUCACUUCAGCACAAUAUGAGUAAAAAUCUGGUAUCAAACCAGCUUUCUCUCACUUUUACUGAAGACACAGCACAACAUGGCAGCCAGUUGUGUCAGGUGAAGGGAAGCUGAGAUGUGAUGCAGGAAAGAAUCAGGAAAUCUGGUGCCUCUCAGAGGAGUCGUCCUAGUCUAAUUACAGUAGAUGAGACAGACUUUCUGGUGGCCAUUUGGUUCAGAAGUGUUUAGAUUUAUCAAGGAAGUCACCACUUGUGAAGGAGAGGUGGACUGAGGCCUUCAUCUUAACACCAUUUAAUCACCGUGAGAAAACCACAAGAGGAGGCACAAGGAGACCAGACCAAGGUAAGACUGAAGAGGAUUCAGCAGCCCUUACCGCCUGCAGAUGAUGUCCAUCUCCUACCGUAUUUCGUCUUUCUCAUGUCCCUCUUUUUCCGUGACCUUUACCCCUGUAACCUUUCCUCUUGACUGCCCCUCCCCUCCUGCUCUGCCUCUUGCUCUGCCACUCGCAGCUGAAGCAACACGCCUUGCUGUGGCUGGUCAAACGGAACCAAGUCAGGUGUUUCUGUGAGGUUUGGUCCCCUUCAACCAGCUACUGCGCCGUGAAUUCAGUCAGCACACACCGGCUGGGAGUCAAACACGCAGUGACGUUGUGGUGUAGCGCUGCUUAAUCUGGAGGUGGUGAAUAGAAUAGAUUUUACAGCACAGAUGCAACGUGAAUCUUCUUUAGGAGCACUAUAUUGAUUGUUCAUGGUAAUAUGUGACUAGAAACCAAAUAAAAGAUCACUGACGAUGUACAGUGUUGAAUUCCUGUUCUUCUGAUUCACGUUCAGUCCAUUGUGUACUCGAGGAAAAACACAACGACACAUUAAGUCUAGCAGUUGGGUCCACCUUAUUCUGCAGAAUAGACUCUGACCCAGUAUGAGAUGAUAUAAAUAUGAGGCCUAAAAUGGCAGCAAAGUAUAACUUAGUAAAUUAUUUAAACAGAAAAAGAGCGCAGGUGUAGCUGUGCAGGGAUAGACACUGUAGAAUAGAUGGGAAAAGCUAAUAUUACAGUCCGGGCCAGAGAAUUCAGUACCAUGGAUAGCACGCAUGAUGUAUAUAUACAGUAAUAUGCUGUUUCUAGCUAGGUUGCCUUCUGUGUGGGUGUGGAGUGUACACAUGCCUGCAGACUAUUUACAAACAGGCUGUGCAGAGGCAAGCCAACAAUCUAACAACCCUGCGCUAUAUGAGCUACACACCAAGUACCACUCGGAGGUUUAGAAUAUCACUGUGCUGCCUGACUUGAGCUAGAAUAAAUCUCUUUUAUCCCAACUUCAAGCUCAGUUUUAAAUGAUGAGGUAGGGAUGUAUCAGUAAAAAAUGACAGAUCUUUUUUCUUUUAGUGUUUGCAUGAAUUUUACAGUUAUUUUGCACUCUACUGUAUAGGUCUAUAAAUAGCACAUAUGCUUAUGUCUGUGUAUUUUUGUUCUUGUUUCACUCAUAUUUCAUGUGUGUUUAAACAUUUUUUAUAAAUACAGCCUGGGUGGAAACCUGAUCCAAAUUUCCUACAAUGUGGGACAAUAAAAUCUGUCUUCAGUCUAUUUUGUGAUGGAGGAUAAUAUACACACAAAAAUGACACUCCAGCUGUCUCCAUGAAAAUAAACUUCCUCUAAGCAUGCAGAUGUAAUGGGGAUGCAAAUAAGCAUACAAAGAACAGCGCUGCACAUCCCUUACCAACUUUUUCACUUCAAACCUUUUGUCAAAACCAGCAAAAUCUGCUGCUGUUAUUGAAAUCACUGACCAAAAGCCAGGAUGCUGAAGUUGUAAUUCACUGGAUCAUAAUAUAGACAGUAAACUGAUAUUUAACAUCAGCAUUUUAAUCAGGAAUAGACAGGCAAUCUGUCCAGGGUUUACAUAUCUCCUACCCAAUGGAUGGAUGGAUGGAUGGAUGGAUUUUCAUUAUGAACCUUUGCCCUUAUCAUUACAGCAAAGUCACCAAAAUAACAUUCCUAAUCAGUCUGGUUGUAGUUUGUAGUUCAUUUCACCCUGUUCCUUGUUAGACAAAGGAGCAUAUACCAGUUCUGUUGGUGGGUUAAGGACCUUCCACAACCUCGUCCAGUUCUCCUAGAGUGACUGCCUGUCUCUUGGAAUCUCUUCCUUGCUGUUGAGACUGUGUAAGGAGACACAUCAAGCCUUCUGGCAAUGUGACAUUUCAAUGCCAGAAUUGGAAAAAAGGUUAGUGGCCUCCAUCUGUAAAAUAAUUAGUGUUAUGGGUGUGUCUCAUUGUUUUCUCUCUAGUGCACCUGUUGUGAAUUUAUUCACACCAAAACAGAUAAAACUGAUCAACAACCCCCUCUGCUACUUAACUGACCAGAUCAAUAUUCCAAUAUUCACUUCAAUAUUCAAUAUUCCCUCUAUGUAUUGUACAGUGAUUCCCUCUACUGUGCAAUCACUGUGCAGUACUUAAUUCUACGUGCAGUAACCAAAACUGUAUAUACAUAACACUAUUUAUUUAUUUCCCCUUGUAAUGUUCAUAUGUAUAAUACUCAAAAGGUUUUUUUGUUUAAAGAAAUAAGGGAAUGCUCAAGACUUUUUCACAGUAGGCUACUGAAUGAUGUAGGAAGUUUGAUAGUUUUAGAUUUUUUUUUUUUGUUGAUGUUGCAAGUUCGGCCUUUAGAAUCACAUCUAAACAUAAAAUAAAUAACAGUAUGUCACUGAGUGAGCCUUAAUAACACCCAUUAAACAUUAAUACUAUUUGGAAAAUAGUAUUAAUGUUUAAUGGGCAUAAGGCAAAGAUUAAAAUAUCAAUACUACAGUCUAAAUAUCAGGAGAGCAAAUCAAUAUGCUUUCAAUAUGCUUAAUAUUAAUGUGUACAUACUCAUCAACAUACAACGUCAUCCACCAGGGGGCGAUAUACGUUUCUAUGGUAGUAGUUUCUACAGCAGAAGAGGAGGUGAAGCAGCAUCGUAAACAUGGCUGACAGUGGAGUGAUAGAUGGACCCGGAAGGAAAGAUGAAAUCGAACGCGCAAAGAGUGAAGGCAAAGACCUAACCAAGGAGGAAAAGCAACGGCUGAGGAAAGAGAAGAAACAGCAGAAAAAAAUCAAAGAGAAAAAAGAUGACAAGGCAUCACAGGAAAAUGAGAAGGAGAAGAAGCCGGUCACUUCAGCAGCUCCAGCAUCCCAGCCCCCGACACAACCCACAGUGCAGAAAGCUCCUUCAGCAGUGCCUGCUACUGCACCUGUUUCUGUGCCUGCCUCCGAGGCUUCUGUGCCGGCGGACAAGCCAACAAAGACUAAAGCGGAGCUGAAAGCUGAGAGGAGAGCUCGGCAAGAGGCUGAGAGGGCCAGCAAACAGAGCAAGAAGGGAGAGACAGGACAGCAGGCAGCCACGAGCAAACCAAAAGCUCCGCCCAGUGAUCUGCAGCCAGUGGUGAAGAGGCUCCCAGAACACAUUCAAGUGGACAACCCAGACGUUUUAAAGAAACUUGCCAAGAAGUUGGAAAGGCAACAGAUCCCGCUGCGCUCAGAUUAUGGCUACAAAGUCAGCCUGUUUUCUCAUCUCCACCAGUACAGUCGCAAAGCUCCUCUAACACAGCAACUCAGCAUUCCUUCCACAGUGAUUCAUCCCGCUAUUGUCAGGCUGGGUUUGCAGUAUUCACACGGCAUUGUUGCAGGAUCCAAUGCUCGCUCUGUCGCCCUGCUGCAUGCUUUCAAACAGGUAAUAAGGGAUUACACUACACCUCAAAAUGAAGAGCUAUCAAGAGACUUGGUCAACAAGCUAAAACCUUAUAUCAGUUUUCUGAAUCAGUGUCGCCCUCUGUCAGCCAGCAUGGGUAAUGCAAUCAAAUACAUCAAGAAGGAGAUCUCUAAUAUUCCUAGUAACUGUAAAGAAGACGAGGCAAAGAACAAACUGCUCAACUGUAUCGAGUCCUAUAUUAAUGAGAAGAUUAUUCUCGCUGGUGUAGCUAUUGCCAAGUGCGCCAUAGAAAAACAAAAGAUCAGUGAUGGAGAUGUGAUCCUAGUUUAUGGAUGCUCGUCACUGGUCAACCACAUCCUUUGCAAGGCCUUUGAGAAGAGCAGAAAAUUCCGUGUUAUUGUUGUGGACAGCAGGCCUCGGCUAGAGGGCAAGGAGGCCCUGAGGCGCCUGGUCCAGAAAGGCAUCAGCUGCACCUAUGUUCUUAUCUCUGCUGUCUCUUACAUCCUUCCAGAGGUGUCAAAAGUUUUCCUUGGUGCUCAUGCUCUGCUGGCUAAUGGUUACGUCAUGUCUCGAGUGGGGACAUCACAGAUAGCUCUGGUGGCCAAAGCUUUUAAUGUGCCUGUGCUGGUGUGUUGUGAGACCUACAAGUUCUGCGACAGGGUGCAGACAGACUCUUUUGUAUCUAAUGAACUCGAUGACCCCGACGACCUCAUUGUAACCCGUAAAGGAACGACUCCGCUGGAGGGAUGGGAGAACGAGUCCUCUCUCGGCCUUCUUAACCUGGUCUACGACGUGACGCCGCCUGAUUUCGUAGAUCUAGUCAUCACAGAGCUCGGGAUGAUCCCGUGUACCUCUGUCCCCGUGGUGCUGCGAGUCAAAAACGUGGACCAGUGAACAACUCAGUUUGUGUGCACCAGAGCUUGUACACACACAACAAAUUGUGCUUUUAGCAUGCAAUAAAUAUAUAUCUGAAGUGACAUAUGCUUUUUAAA